AUGCUGGAGUUUCUAUACUCCAUAAGCAUCUCCUUCUACCUCCUCGGCCACUACGCCGACUGGCGCGACAGCAUCCUGACCCUCGCGCACGAUGCCUGGUCGCUGUGGCUGUGGCUCUCCGCCCGCGGGCAGAUGGGCACAUCACCCGCCACGACGAAGAAACGAACCCUCCUCGUGGACUGCAAUUCGACGACGCUGUGGAUGCCGCCAGGACCAUCCGAGAUGAAGCAGCGCACCAAAGUACUCUUCGCGCUGGGGCCGAUUGCGGCGCAUCCAUAUCGGACCUACCAGGGCACUCAAAUUCGCAACAACUUGCGGGACAUGGCCGCCAUGCUCCCUCUGUCACCAGAGAUGUUCCUAUCUGCGCAUCUCAAUACACCGUUCUGCUUUGCUCGCAUCGUCAGAGACUUUGUUGCGCUGAAGUGCAGCGAGCACAGCAGUAGCAGCGACAAGCGCGGCGGCGGCCAUCGCUUCUUCGUCUUCCACCCGGAUACCUCAUGGAUGGGCGCCUUUCAGCGCCUCCACGAGGUGGAAGGCCCCCUGCCGCUCGAAUUCGCCGGCGUGGCGCACAACCUCUUUAUCCUCGCGCGCUGGAUGCUGUGCGAGCGCGUCACCCUGGUCCAAGCUCUGGGGGAUGCCGCCGGGAGAAGUGUUCGCUUCCACGUGCUCGUCCCGAGCGCCGAGCCCUUGGUGAUUCCGCAGCCGUUUUGCUUCGUCGACGCCCUGGCGCCGCUGACGAUCGAGGGAGGGGCCUGUCAGUAG